AUGGAUCUCGACAACGACGUGUUCCUGGUUUCUUUUGACAAUGACAAUUAUUAUUUCAAGGCUCUUACAGGAGGACCAUGGACAAUCCUCGAUCACUAUCUGGUAGUGCAUCAGUGGACCCCAGCCUUUCGGGUCGGCGAGCAAACACCGAGAACGGUGACGGCCUGGGUUCAGUUCCCUCGGCUCCCAAUACAGUUCUACAAUAGAGAGGUGUUUUUUCCCCUUGGUAACCUUCUUGGCAGGACAAUUAAGCUCGAUUAUCAUACGGAGAAUGGUGUUCGUGGGAAAUUCGCUCGUAUCGCUAUUGAGCUAGAUUUGACAAAACCUUUGAGACCAAGAAUUAGGCUGGAUGGGUUCUGGCAAAAAGUGGUGUAUGAAAACCUGCCGAAUGCCUGCUUUGAGUGUGGAAUUAUUGGUCACACAGACAGUUCAUGUCCUCAGCUUCAUCAAGCUACGGUUUCCUCCACGGCGGCGACGCCCGGUCAACCGGAUGUCGGCCCGCUGCCGGCGAUGGCAGAUUCAGACACUCCCGCAGGCUUCGGGCCCUGGAUGCAAGUAACACGGAAGUCGCGCAAAUCAGAUCGGAAGAUCCCAGCACAACAGGCGAACAAUCAGGCACACUUCCAGGAGGCCAAAAUCGGGAAACAGAUUCAAGGGCGAAAGGACGUUGGAGACCUUCCAACUGGCACCGGAAAAAAUCUCUCAACGAACGGGAAAGGAAAGUCUAACGUGCAUCAGUCCGGAGGGAUGGCACCGAAAAAGGAGGAUCAGAAAAGCAAAGCGAAAAAUCAGGGAGGAACGUCAUCGUCCAGCACCGCUCAACAGGAAAGGGAAAGGAAGAAGAAUAGUGGCGGGCAAUCUACUCUGGCAGACCUAAUGGAUAAAUUGGGUGGUCCAAGUAACGUCUCUCCAAAUGGCGACUCUCCCAAGUUUGAUGGCAAGGGAAUCUUAGGCCCAAGCCCAACCUCCUCCCAGACCCCCCUAUCACAGACUCCUCCCACUCCCGACCUGAACGCCGACCCAAUCAACCAGGCCACCAUGGGCAACUCGCGUACUGUGUUUGUGCCCAAUGGGGAACUUGUCACUAUCACCGACGUCUCGUGCCCGGAGCCGCCUCCUCCCCGAGCAACUGAUCCCGACAUCCCUCUCUCGAGCCUGCGAAUCAAGAAUGGCCAGAAAAAGACUCCCCGACCAACAAAAAGUGGAAUUCCGAUCAAUAAUACGGCCAAACCCCUCCAUAUCUGGUCGCCGAAAAAAGAGAAGAAGAUAAAGAAUAGAGAGAAGUUGGUUACGCUAACGCUCCAGGAGAUAGAAGCUUGUAGCUCGGCUGCCCGGAAGCAGACGUCGGAUGUUAGUUCGAGUGUCGCCGCGCAAGCGAGCAUGGACACCACCGAGCUCUAG